AUGGGGGAAAAAGGAAGCCCAAACCUCCUCCCUCGCCAUGUCAGAAAUGGCAAAGACACUCAUCAGAGCAAGGCGUAUACAGAGGGAGGCAAUGGUAAACUACCACUGAGAUUACCUGCCCAGGACAGGGGAGGGAAUAAAGGCGCAAGCCUCCUACCUCGCCAUGUCAGAAAUGGCAAUGACACUCAUCAGAGCAAGGCGUAUACAGAGGGAGGCAUUGGUAAACCACCUCUGAGUUCACCAGCCCAGGACAGGGAGGGUAUAAAGGCUUAA